AAAAGAAAUACGAACAUUUUAAUGAUUGUUGUCGACGACUUGCGCCAUCUCUCGGACGAAACUAUCAACUUACCGAAUUUGAAAAGGUUAGCAGAUGAGGGGGCAAAUUUCAAAAACGCAUUUGCACAGCAAGCUCUCUGUGCUCCAAGUAGAAACUCCAUGCUGACUGGCCGUCGACCAGACACAUUGCGUUUAUAUGAUUUCUAUAGUUACUGGCGUCACACAGUAGGCAACUUUACUACUCUCCCCCAAUUCUUCAAAGAAAACGGCUAUGAUACUUAUUCCAUAGGAAAAGUUUUCCAUCCGGGAAUAAGCUCAAACUUCACAGACGAUUACCCUUACAGCUGGUCUGAAUACCCUUACCAUCCUCCUACGGAAAAAUAUAAAGAUGCAGCCGUUUGCAAAGAUAAAGAAACUGGAAGACUUCACAAAAACCUCUUGUGCCCCGUAAAUGUUGAGGACCAACCAGAAGGAACUUUACCAGAUUUGCAGUCCUUGGAACAUGCGGUUAAUAUUCUUACAACUAGGAACAGCUCACGACCAUUUCUGCUAGCAGUUGGGUUUUAUAAACCUCACAUACCAAUUAAGUUUCCAGAACAGUACCUUGAAAGAGUACCAAUAAGCCGAGUAAAACCUCAGAGACACCCCUACAUGUCGGCUGACAUACCUUUAGUUUCAUGGCACCCCUGGAGUGACGUCAGGCGUAGAGAUGACAUUGCUCGCCUAAACAUAUCCUUUCCCUUAGGCACAAUGCUACUUGAUUGGUCAAUAAAAAUCAGGCAAAUUUACUACGCAGCUGCAACUUAUAUUGACGACUUAAUUGGAGAAUUGAUUAGUUAUAUUGAUAGACGGAAUACUAUUGUGGUUCUUACUAGUGAUCAUGGUCAGUACCUUUAUGUUAUUUGUAUUAAUAUUAGCAUGUUAAACUACCCCAGUUUUAAUAGAUUUUGGACUUGA